AUGGGAUCGACGGGAAGAAUAGACAUAGUUUGGUCUCCAAUCCACCAUGACAAGUUUAUUGUUUGGAGUCAGGACAUAACCCUUUACGAGGUGGCUCGAUUAAAGGAUAUCGAGAAGAAGAUUUCAUUUACGCAGUUAUCGUCCACUCGCGGUGCAACAGUAGUGGCUUCGCAAAGCGGAAACGGAGUCCGGUGUGUGGACAUCAGUGCCAUCUCUGAUCAUCCUGACCCCAUACUGGCUUUGGGUUACGAGAGCGGUAGAGUUUCACUCACUAGCCUUAAACAAGCAUAUGAUCCCUUAGGGCUUGUUGGAAGAGAAUUUGUUGCAAGGUAUCCUCGAGCGUGCAACAGCUUAGCUUGGAAUCCCACCGAGAGCAAUCUCUUAGCUGUUGGAAUGGACAAGCAUCGUGCAGAUAACUGCAUCCUCCUGUGGGAUAUGAACACAUGCACCAGUGACGAAUUUCCUGGAGAGAGCGGAACGCCGCCAUCUUGGGAGAGAGCUAGGCCUAUAGGGGAGCUGGCUCUGGGAGAAACUGCGCAUUGUUUGGCUUGGUGUGGCUUCUCACCGCGCACACUCGCAGUCUCUAUGAACCUCAAACACAUUAAGCUCUUCGACCUGAGAGAAGGAGGCGGCAAGGCGGCGGGUGUGGCCACGUCCCGCCACUGCCUCGGCGUCUGCGCUGAGAGGCAGGGUUACCAGAUCGCGUCUCGCGGGGACAGCGCACUCUGUGUCUGGGACGCCAGAGCGCUCAAUACGCCUCUGCUGACGCUGCCGCAACAAAAGCCCACGCGCAAGAUCCAGUGGUGCCCGACUAGAAGUAACUUGCUGCUCUCCCUGCAGCGAGACUCGAGCGUUCUUCGGCUGCACGAUAUUCAGCAGUCCAGCGAUUUCAAAUCUCAACAGUCCUUCGACAGUGCCAUGUCUGCGUCUAGCGCUCUCGAGGAGACGGAGAGCAGCGGCGGCGGCGCCGGACGCAGCGCGGUGGAACGCGAGGUCUCGCCUGCCUCGCAGCCGUUACUCGCCUUCGCCUGCCAUCCGGAGCACCGCGCGAGACUUCUCACCCUCACCGCGACGGGUGCUAUGGUCGAAUACACGGUCUGCGAACGCGUCACGGUGUCGUGGGGCGCUAGCGGCGCCCUUGUGUGGGCGGGCGGAGGCGCUUUGCGCGCAAUGCAUCCGGCCUUCCACCUCCAAGUGGAUGACCUCGCGCAGCGCGCCAGGAGGCGAGCGGAAGCCGACUACGGACUCAAAACGGACCUCUGGCAGAACGCGGAGCUCGCGGAGGACGAGGCGCUCGCGGGUCUCUGGCACUUCCUCGCCCUCAGCAAGUCACUCGUAGAAGAUGGUUGUAUCCGCAACAGUCCGUGGAAGCACCCGGGUGUGCGCACAGUGCUUCCGCGCACCGCUCCCGGAGCAGCGCCCUGCGACGGCACCUACAGGUCGGAGGCGGUGCCUUCGCUGCUACCUGACAUGCCCAACAGAAAAAUUGUCGUCUACCGCAGCCCAGAAAGGACGCGCGCCCUUCAGCUGUGCGGCUGGGGCUGGGGAUGGGAGAACGCGGGAGCCGGCGUUGAGCGAGCCGAAGCGGAGGGCACGCCGUGUCGAGCCGCCGCCCUCGCCGCCUUCCACCUAAGAGCGCGCAACGCGCUCGACGUGCUGGCGCGUGCCCGCGACCCUCGCCUCCGCGUGGCGGCACUCGCCCUCGUGCCGGCUCCCUCCGCUCCCGACGAGCGUCUGUGGCGCGACGCGUUGCACGCGGCGGCGCCUGCCUUGCCGGACCCGUACCUACGAGCGCUCCUGCACUUCCUGGCGGCCGCGUCGCACCACCACCAUCCUGACUUCUCCGCAGUGCUGAACGAGACGGAGAUGCGACUGGAGGACCGCGUCGCGUUCGCCUGCAUUUACCUCUCGGACGCCAAACUGCAUGAUUAUAUCCAAAGUGUGCACCUGGCGCUGCACGAGCGGGGCGAUCUGGCUGGAGUCCUGCUCACGGGGAUCAGCCCGGAGGGCGUGGCCUUGCUUCAGCGUUGGGUGGAGGCGUGCGGCGACGUGCAGUCGGCGGCGCUGGUCGCGGCGAGGUGCUGCCCGCCGGAGUUGGUGCGCGAGCCGUCGCCGGCGCAAUGGAUCGACUCGUACCGCUCGCUGCUCGACGGGUGGCAGCUGUGGUGGGCGCGCUGCGCUUUAGACACGUGGCUGUGCUCGGGCACCGGGGCGAACUCCGGCGAGGGCGAGGCGACGCGGCGCGUGGGCGUCGCGUGCACUUACUGCGGAAAGUCGGUGGCCGCCGCACCGUCGGCUCGGCCUAGGCCGGCCUUCGCUCGCCUGCCACCUCCGGCCGCCAAAAUGAAGCAGACCUCGUCGUGCCCCAACUGUCGAAAGCCUCUGCCCCGUUGCGGAGUUUGUUCGUUACACUUGGGCACCAGCGCUGUGGGCGGCGGCGCCGUAGGGGGCGCGAACUUCGCCACAUGGUUCAGUUGGUGCGUGGCCUGCAGGCACGGCGGACACGCGGCGCAUCUGCUGCACUGGUUCAGCGAGCACACCGAGUGCCCGGUGAGCUCGUGCGCCUGCCGCUGCAGCUCGCUCGACCCGCCAGACCCGCCAGACCGGCCCGAGAAGCCCGACGGAGUCGACGCCUCCGCGCUCGCGUGCACGUGA